CGACGCUGAUGGUCGACUGCGUAUCGACGUCACGAGGGUCGGUAGCAUUGAUUAUGUCCUGCUGAUGGGGCGCUCCCGCUCUCGUUCGAUCGGUCAUGGAGCAGGAGACCAGCCACGCUCUUAAAAUAUAAAAUUUGCAGCUGCUUGUGUUCUCGGGGGUCCGAUCGCCGCUCUGCGUCUGCAUCUGCAUCAGUAUAUAAGGCUCGGGCGAGGAGGAAGACCGUGACUGUUCUCAUCUACACCGAAGACCGGAUUCCUACAGGUGCAGAAGCUCAUCGUCGCCCAAGAUGGCAAGUGAAACCAAAGCGAUCGGAUGGGCCGCCAGGGACACCUCGGGCCACAUGUCCCCGAUCGAAUUUUCUCGCAGAGCACUAGGCCCCAAAGAUGUUAAAUUUUCCAUAAAGUUCUGUGGAGUGUGUCACUCGGACUGGAGUACCGUCACCGGUGAAUGGGGUCCUCCGAUGUUCCCCGUGGUGCCCGGGCACGAGAUUGUGGGAGUUGUGGAAGAAGUAGGAUCGGAAGUGACGAAGUUGAAAGUCGGGGAUCAUGCAGGUGUGAGCACCUACGUGAAUUCUUGCGGGUCUUGCAGGAUUUGUGAAAAAAAGUUACCUCAGCAUUGCAAUGGUGUCGUGUGGGUUUACAACUCCGUGGACCAUGCUGACGGACUUCCAACUUAUGGUGGAUACUCGAACUUGAUGGUCGUGAACGAACGCUUCUGCCUCGUGCUACCGAAGAACUUGCCUUUGGAUGGUGCUGCGCCACUGCUCUGUGCAGGCGCAACUGUGUAUAGUCCCAUGAAACGCUAUGGAAUGGGCAAGAACGGCAAUCGCUUCGGCGUGGUAGGAUUAGGAGGCCUGGGCCACAUGGCCUUGAAAUUUGCCAAGUCCUUUGGGAUGCAUGCCACUGUAAUCAGCACAUCACCUGCGAAAGAGAAAAUGGCUCGAGAAGAACUAGGCGCUGACAACUUCAUCGUAUCUAAGGAUCCAAAGCAGAUGGAGGCAUCCGUAGGCACUUUGGACUUUAUCAUCGAUACCGUCUCGGCCAUCCAUCCUUUGGACCCGUUACUGAACCUUCUCGCACCUCAAGGACAACUUAUUUUCGUUGGUGGAGGCGUUGGAAAAUGCGAGUUUGAUUCACUCCCAUUGUGUUUCGGUGGAAAAAGUAUCGGAUCAAGCUGCAUUGCUACUCUUGAGGAGCUGCAGGAAAUGUUGGAUUAUUGCGGCGAGAAGAAUUUAGUUUGCACGAUUGAGAAGAUCCCCAUCGAUUAUAUCAACGAAGCCUACAAGAGGAUGAACAAGGGAGACGUGCACUUUAGAUUUGUGAUUGACGUGGGAAAUACUCUGAAACCUCAGAACUAGGUAGCGGAGUUGCUUGUACUGCGUCAAAAUUCUCUGCGCUCGAUGAAAGCCCCUAUGAAGAGAGUACACAGAUUCUAUUUACGGAGAUAACGUCUUGUUGUCCAACAUAUUUUUAAUUAGGCAGACUUUUGAAUCGAGAUUCCGUAUUCGAGAUUGGUGGAGCGUCUCUCUGGAUAGGGAGUAUCCAGCAUUCGAUGUCUGGAGGUAUUAUCAUUUCUCGAGUUUAGAAGAAAGCGAAUUAGUGUAAAAGGGAUGCUAUGGUUACAUAUUCAAGUGAGCGAGCUUAGCUGUUGCGAUGGAUAGGAAAGUGAUGCAAAGAGUGACUCUUGCCAUGAGGCUGGAGUUGGUUCAUCUAAGAGGGCUGUCAAGAUUGUAAAUCUGCAAGUUCGCAAUGUCGGUAAAAAAGCGUCUCGUGUUAGUGAAAAUUUAUACAC